AUGGAGAAAGUGCAAGACGAGAUCAGGACAGCGCUCGGUGACAAGAAGGAGAGAAUCACAGAAGAUGAUCUAAACAAGCUUCACUACUUCAAGCUCGUGGUUAAGGAGACGUUCAGGUUACACCCAGCAGCUCCACUAUUGCUCCCAAGAGAGACCAUGUCUGACGUCAAGAUCCAGGGCUACGAUAUCCCUGCAAAAUCUCAGAUGAUGAUCAACAUUUACUCCAUCGCACGCGAUCCAAAGCUAUGGACAAACCCAGACGAGUUUAACCCUGAGAGGUUUCUAGACAGCUCUAAUCUGUCCCGGGAUGAAUAUGGGAAUCGCCACCGUGGAGUUGGGACUGUUGAACUUGCUCUACUUCUUUGA